AUGGAUUUAGAACAAAGGGAGCUCGUGAGAGUGGAAUGUGGUUCUUCACAGCAGUUAAAUUGUUCUAGUUUUGAUUUUUCUGGAGGUUUUGAAGAGGAAACUAAGUGGAUUGAUUGUGAUCUUGAAAAGGAUGAUCUUUCUGAUCAAAAAUGUGAAGAGAUUGGAGUAAAUAAGACAAUCUGUCAAGUACUUAGCCAAGAAGAAAGAAAUCAUAAUCUAGAAGAGUGUAAAGAAAUACAGAAGAAUCUAGAGAAAAUUAGUUUUGAUAAUCUGCCAGAAAACUUAGAUCAGAGAAGAGAAGCACUAGAGAAAAUCAAGGAGAAGAUGGACAAGAAUGCACAAAUUAUUUUGAAAAAGAUGAAAGAGACCGAGAGAGAUGGUGAAGAGGAAGAACUAAUCGGCCAAAAUCUGAAGAGAAGCAUUUAUAGUAAAGAAGAAAAAGAGAUCGCCAAAAAGUUGAAAACUGGAGGAGGACAGUUGGGCAAAGAUAUACAGUCUACUUGGAAUCUAAAACAAUUGGAUCUUCUCAUAAAUGAAAUGAAAGCAUUUUAUGAAAAGACUAGUGAACUAUAUCAAAAGAUUACAUCUACCGCCAAAGAAGAUUCAGACUCUGUGCAAUGCUCAAUGGAAAGCUUAAAGGAUAAACUUAGUGAAUUUUUUUGUAAAAAAGAUCCUCAGAACAAAAAAUUCUCUGAGUUUGAAGAAAACAAAGGAGUAGAUGAACAAGAUUUUUCAGAUAGUUGAUAUUCCUCAGAUCUUCAAAUAUCAGAUUUUAAAGAUUCAGGCAAGCUGCAGCAUUGAACAGAAAGAUUAAUAGCACUAAAAGAGAGUACUUUAGAUAAGAAAUCUGAGAUAGACAAAGUUGAGAUUUGCCAAUCUAUGAUAGACUUUAUUGAUGAAAAAUAUUUACCAGAAGAAGAAUCUAAGGAAGACUAUGAAGCUUUUACCAAGACUCUAGGACGAGAGGCAUUAUCAAGUUUUGAAGAGAGUAAAGUUCCGAAUCGUCCAAAACCUAAAGCAAGUGUAUCCAAGAAGUAUGCUUUUGCAAGAGAUGAAGAAGAAAAGGAAUCUGAUAAUUUAAGUUUCUGAGAAAAUCCUGACCAACAGCAAAUACAACUUUUAGAAAGAGGCUUGAGAAAAUUUGAAAACCUCAGAAACCAGAUGAGAGAGGAAUUGAAUAUUGAUGGCCCAGAAAACUGAAACCAAGGAGCAAGAGAGGAAUCAAAACAGCAGAGCAAAAAGAAUGCUUUAAAAGGAGAGAAAAAUUUAUGAGAAAAUUCAGAUUCUGAUAAAAUGGAGCAUAUUAUUGCUAAUAUUGAAGCAUUAUUGGAAGAAGAGAUUAAAAGUAGCGUUAUCUUAGAUCAAAAGGAGCAAGCAAAAGAAAAAUUAAAGAUCGGAAGUGGAAUCCUCCCUUUUGUGGGAAUGUACAGAGAGCCACAAAUUGAUAAAAUCAAUCUAGAAAUCCAAUCUGUUAACUGCCAAAUUAUCCAAACAACUUCUGAAAUCCUCCUUCAUCUCCAAUGCCUCAUACCUCUCUUGACCCCCUCCGAACUCGAAAGCACCAAAAUCCCUUACUUAAUCUUCUCUUUCUCAGAACACUUUCUUCCUGACAAAAAAGUUGACCUGCACCCUACACUUAAUCAACUGAAAGAAAUCGUUCUGUCAAGGAAACUCAGUGAAAUUCAAUGCGACUUGUUAAGCGUUAUGGUUGAGUUCGAGCAGACGCUCAAGAGAGGAGUGGAUGGUAAAGAAGAUAAGGAUUACUUUGAGAGAGCCCUAAGUGAUGUUCAGAGACAGGUUAAAGAUAUUGGAGAGAAGGAAUGGCAAGUAAUGUUUCUGCUUCAAGAGGACAAAGAUGAGAAUGAUGAUAAAUAUUGUUUAGCAAAACAAUUUUUGAAUUUAGUCUGAAAUGUAAGCACAAGAGGAGAAAAUCAGUUGGAUCACUUAAAGCAACCUGCUUUACAAGUUGAAGGAAACAAAGAAGGUUCAAAGUUUGUUAAGAAAGUCGAGAAUAAGGACAAACCCGAUGCAAGCAAAAUAAAUUUUAUAACAUUUUAGC